AUGAUUCCGCUUUUAUUCGUCGUGCUAUGGAACUCGCUUGGGGUGAAAGGUGCUCUUCUAAAUUAUUCUAUACCAUCAAUUCCUGGGCUUGAGUCGAUGGCGUCUGAUAAGUAUCCACAUUUCUCGACAAUAGAGACAUUUUCGAGAACAAAAACGCAUCGACAUCGCCGAGAAGUAAUCGCUGGCCCGAUGUAUGAUUGGAAUUCUUUUGAGAUUCCAUUUCAAAUUUGGGGAGGAGAUUAUAAUUUUCAAAAUCUCAUCAGGAGGGGGAUCCGAAUGUGGGAAGAGUCGACGUGUCUCCGAUUCCGAGAGAAUAUGCAAGCAAGAGAUGCUAUACGGUAUGUGCUCGAGAACGGAGAUUCCUGUUUUACGGAAUAUAUUGGAAAGAAUGGCGGUCACCAGGAUAUCAUCAUUGGAAGUGAAUGCGCUGAGGAAUACGUAGUCGCUCAUGAGACAGGACAUGCGCUCGGAUUUUGGCAUACCCAUCAGCGUCCCGAUCGGGAUAGAUAUAUUUCGAUCAAUUGGAAAAAUGUGAUGGAUGAGGCGACUGCAUCAUUUAUGCCUUUCCGUAGCAUGCUACAAGCUUUUGGGAUUCGACAGGUCUCCCCUCGACGAGUCCCUUAUGAUUAUGGCUCGUUGAUGCACUAUCAUGCAGUGGCUCAUGCCGUGAAAGUUUCCGACUUCACAAUUGUGCCUAAAGAGUUGAAAUACGUGACGACGAUGGGCACAGAAAAAAUGGCUUUCCUUGAUGCGAAAGUGAUCAACGAUAUCUAUUGUCCAAAUGCUUGUGUGGGUCGAUCGAGUAUUCGUUGUCUGGCUGGCGGAUACGCCGAUCCGAACAAUUGUGCUGUUUGUCGAUGUCCUGAAGGUUUAGGUGGAGUGGAUUGCUCGCUUCUGCAACCGUCUCCAUGUGGUGGCGAGUUACGAGCCACAGACACAUGGCAGACAUUGACGAGUCCCCGUGGGAAAACGCUCACUUGUUAUUGGAGGAUUUCGGUACCAGAAGGCUCACGGGUUCGUUUCCGUUUAUCGGACGGAGAAUUCCCUUGUUCAUACGGUUGCCAAUCGUAUGUCGAAAUCAAGCACAAGCUCGAUGUUCGAUUGACCGGAUUCAGGAGUUGUUGCUAUCGACCGAAAGAGGACACGAUCUCGGAAUCAAAUCAAAUUUUCAUCAUCUAUCACCCGAAUGGUCGAACGGCUCGUUUCUCGUUGCGUUUCAAGCGACAAGCA